AUGGCGGCCGCAGUCUACCCUGACCGGCCCAUCAGACCGCUUCCCAAGAACCGCCUACGGGAACAGCUGUCGCCUGAACAGCAGAGCCAGAUCAUCUACCCACCCGAACCUCCUUCAACAUCGCCCCUCUUCAGCUUCCCCUACGGAGUAGUCGAAAAGAUGGANCCCCGCGCCCUCAACCACCACGACUCGCACAGUCACUGCACCUGCAACGGCGACCACCAUGUCGACGAGAGUGACGAGGAUGAAGAGCUGAUUGCAUACGAUCAUCCAAGCUACCGCUGGUCGUCACCAGUCAAUGACGGCACCAGAGUCGACAGCGUGCAGAGAAAGCUCAUGGCAGCAAANGGUCCCUCCAGCCCUGCAUCCACCGCCUCUUCAGCUGACGGAUACGAAUCAUUCGAGAACACGAGCAACAAGAAGAAGCGCAAGAUUCCUCUUUCUGGCGGUGGCGGUGUCCACCAGUCCAGUCUGUCGCAAGAGUUGGCAAACAUGGGUAUCGCAGCGAGGGAAGAGCACCAGCAAGAUUCGAGGCAGUUGUCGGGCAGUGGACGUGGCAGGUUUGGCAGGCAACACAACGCCUACGCUUCGAGUCUUUCGGCAAAGUCGCGGGGAGGCAACUGGAAGGGCGACGGGACGCGCACCAGUAAGAGACGCUGCAGUGACUGUGACGGCGAGCCCGAGACUUACAUGAGCUGCACAGAACAAGCCGACGGCAUCAUCUCGCAGGCCAUCGCCAGCGCCCACCAGGACCAAGACCACGAAGCGCCCACCACCCCGACCAAGCAGAACAACGAGAGUCUCCUUGCCCGCUCGCCCUCACAGACCACAACCCCGCAGACGCAGUUCACUUUCACCUGCGAGUCCGACUCGUCCAACAAGAUGCUCUGGCCGCAGCAGCCCACACCCACAAUGCCUCGCUCAUCCCUGGCCAACCACUCAGCCUCGCGCUCCCAGCAAACUCAUGCUCCUGCAAANCCCCCUGCGCCUGCUGUUCAGCAUCCGCAACAACAGCAACAGCCCCGCAAACCCCGCCCUCGCCGCCCCAGUAAAGAGUUUGCGCUUCAGGAACGCCAACGUCGUCUCCAGCAAGAAUACACAAAUUACCACACUCGCCCAACACCGGCCUCCAUGUGGAUCUGCGAAUUCUGCGAGUACGAAGACAUCUGGGGUUCUCGCCCUGAGGCUCUGAUCCGCCAAUACGAAAUCAAGGACCGCAAGGAACGUCAGAAGGCAGAGGAAAGGAGGCGUCUGUUGGAAAAGGCGAAGCAGAAGAACAGAAAGGGAAAGAAGAACAAUGCAAAGGGAAAGCCCGCCCCGGCUCAGAACUAUCCCGACGAGAAUGUUGGUCCCGACGACAGACAGGACGACGAAGAUGCAGAGUUUGACGAUGGCUACGAUGCGGUGACCCAUACAGCCGAGCCGAGGGACCAUGGCUACGCUGCCGACUACGCCUACGAUCGGCCACCGAAAGCUCCAGACAAAAACGAUCUCCGGCACGACCAACAGCAUCCGCAGCCCUUGCAGCAGCGCAGGCGGUAG